CUCCGGCAACGAGUAGUAUCUCCGGCGAUCACCGGCGAUCACCACACCAAUCGACCAACUCUAGCAAAGGUUUGACCCCAUCUUCUGACAAAAAAAUGCAAGAAAAAUCCGAUCACUAAACAAAUGGUCCCUUUCUGCAGAAAUCAAAAAAAUUCCAACAUUCUUCCAAUCAAACCAGCUGCAAUCUUUGAAGAUUCCGGCGUCCUGCAUAUCCACUACACGAUCAAGAAAACAAGGUUAGCAAGAAACCAUUUCCUCUGUCAACUCUGUUCUGUUGUCAUUUUUUUUUUUUUUUGCAAAUUAUGUUCAAUCUACUAUAUUAUUUGCAACUAUUAUCUUGAUUAUAAUAAAAAUGAUCAUGAUCAAAUGUGCUUGCUGGAAACAAAAACAAUUUAUAAACUAAAAAAUAGAAAAAAAAUAUCGAAGACUGGUUUGUAUACAUUGAUUAACCAGAAAAAAAACAAGAAACAUUCAGAAACAUUACGACAACCAGUUACUUGGAAUAACAUGCAAUAAAUUCAACUCAAAUGUUUCAGUACGGUAUGCAAUUACAGAUUAAGGGAACCAGUUACCUUCCCACUGGUUUUUCUACAUUCAUUAACCAAAAAAAAAAAUAGGCAAGAAACAAGAACUCUGAAAAAUUAUUUGAUGUAUCUGGGAAGAUUUACUACAAAAACAAUCAGUAACAAUAGGGUAACCAGUUACCCUGAAAAACAGAAAAUAAAUAAAACUAAGAGGAAAUUACAACUAUAUAAAACUAAGGGUAAAAAUAAGCAAUAUAUGAUUCAUUAUUAAGGUAACCAGUUACCCUGCAAAAAAAAACAAACAAACAAUGUGUAAAACUAAGUGUAACAAGUUACCCUGCAACAACAAUCAAUAUAUAUAACUAAUUUGAAAAACAUAAAAUAUAUAAAACUAAGUGUGACCAGUUACCCUACAAAAGCUAAAUGCUUCAGGAUAAUAUGUGAUUAAAUAUUAAGUUAACCAGUUACCUAGCCCAUUUAGAACCAACUAACUGCUUAAAAAAUUGCCAAAUUUUACAGAUAUGGACAAUAUUACUUCUUUGGUUCAAUAUGGAGGCAAUUGGAAUGAAAACAACGAGUACCAAGGAUACACAAUGUCUGGGAUAUUAAUACCACCAAAUUGUUCUCUUGACAACUUGGUGAAUCUGAUAAAAAAGGAGAUAAAGGAAAAAACAGCAACUAUUGAAGUUUCUUAUCAAGUAGAAAAAGGAACACCACCAAUGAAGGUUGUAACAGACAAUUCAGUGUUGUUCUUCCUGGAAAUAAAGAAAAAAGUUGCUACUAAAAUAACAGACUUACCAUUGUGUGUCACUAUAAUUCAAGAAUCAAACAAUGAAAAUGACCUUCUUCUACUAGCAAAUCAGAAAGCUACAGCAGAAGAAAUGGAGGUGGGGACAUUAUUAAUGCAAGCAAAUCAAGCUUCCAUCAAUGAACAAAUGUUACUUGAAGAAGGAAUGUCAAGCACAACAAAUGAGGGCAUAAAUGUGUCAUACAUACCCCAUUUUGCUGAAGAAGUAGCUGAUUUCAUAAUUGAGGACAAUACAAAAAGAAAAAAGAAGUUGGAUGAAAUCCAACUAGUAAUAUCUGAUUACAGAGUGAACACAAUAGAGCAAGGACAAAUUUACAAGGAUAAGAACACAGUCAAAUCAGCCCUUAGCUACUAUGCAAUGCUGCAUAACUUCCAGUUCAAAACAAAAAGAUCAGAACCUAGAGAGUACCUAGUUACUUGCGCAGAUGAAAAAUGCAACUGGUUGGUGAGAGCAUCUAAGUACAGAAAUCAACAUUUAUUCAAGGUACGGAAAUGCAAUCCAAAUCACACUUGCUCUGUUGAAAUUGUUUUGGAAGACCAUAGGCAAGCAAAAAGCAUCGUAGUUGGGGAAUUAAUAAAGAAUAAGUACAAGUCAAUCAAAAGAAAUUACACUCCAAAUGACAUCAUGAAUGAUAUGAAUGAUGACUUUGGAGUAACUAUGGGAUACACAAAAGCAUGGAGAUCAAGAGAGAAAGCUUUGCGUCUAGUAAGAGGGAACCCCGAUGAUUCAUAUCAGAAGUUGCCAAUAUAUCUUUACAUGUUGAAAAAAGCAAAUCCAGGAACAAUAACACACCUACUCACAGACAAGGAAGAUAGAUUCAAAUACCUAUACAUAGCUUUCUCUAACUCAAUCAAGGGUUGGAGAUACUUGAGGCCUAUAAUUGUUGUUGAUGGAACUUUUUUGAAAAAUGCACAUGGUGGUACCCUGUUUUCAGCAUCAACGUUAGAUUCAAACAACAACAUUUUCGUGUUGGCUUUUGGAAUAGCAGACUCCGAAAAUGAUAACUCAUGGCUAUGGUUCUUCUCCAAACUGCGAGAAACCUAUGGAGAACCCGAAGGAUUGGCUAUAGUUUCUGACAGACAUAAGAGCAUAGACAAUGCAGUACAUAUGGUGUACCCAAAUGCUUUCCAUGGAGCUUGCAUGUUUCACUUACUCAAUAAUUUGAAAGGCAAGUAUGGGAGCCAUGGAGAAGAACUACAAAUGAAAUUCAUUGCAGCAGCAAAAGCAUACACACAGACAGAAUGUGAAAACUACAUGAAAGGCCUUGAUAGAAUUGAUAGACGCAUUAGGCCCUAUUUAGAAAAAGCCAAGUAUGAAACUUGGGCAAGAUCAUACUCGCCAACAAAAAGAUACACCAUGAUGACAUCCAACAUCGCAGAAUCACUCAACGCUGCACUAAAAGCUGCAAGAAAUCUCCCCAUUGAUAUAUUGGUUGAAUGCCUUAGAAGUUUGGUUCAAAAGUGGGUUUGGAACAACUCAAAUAAUGCAAAUGGAACAUUCACAAAAGUCUCUACAGCAACAGAAAAUGAAUUGAGACAUGACAUUGUUUCAAAAAUGAAGUAUGAGGUCUUGCCUUUCAACACAAUAGAAUACCAAGUUCGUGAUCAAAAGGGGAUAAAUUUCACAGUAAAUAUACAUAAUAGAACAUGCACUUGCAAUAGGUUCCAAGAAGAUGAAAUACGUUGUGGCCAUGCAGUAGCUGUCAUUGCAAAAAGAAACUUGAGUGUCUAUGAUUAUUGUGCAAAAUUCUACAGAACAGAAACGUUGAAAGCAUUGUAUCAAGAAAAUGUUCAUCCUUUGCCCCAUAAAGAUGAAUGGAAUCUCCCACAACACUUGGACAUACUAGUGCUGCCUCCAAAUUCAACAAUCCCUGCAGGAAGACCAAGAAAGAAACGAAUAAGAUCAAGAGGGGAAAAUAACGUAAUAAUCACCUGUGGGAAAUGUGCACAACCAGGACAUAACAUGAAGACUUGCAGGAAUCCUCCAUUUCAGAAGCCAAAAAAACAGAAAAAGCCAAAGACAUAG